AUGAGUUACGGUGGAAACCAGGGUGGCUACGGCCAGUACAACCCCUAUGGCCAGCAAGAUGCCAACCCCUACAGCGACGCCAAUGCCAUGGAGCAGGGCAACGGUAGCUACGAAAUGGGCUCUUACAACCAGCCUGCGGACGCGACGACGCUGCUGAACAAGUGCAGAGAGAUCAACGACGGUAUUGCGGAUCUCCGCGCCAAGCGCGAGGGCCAGCUUGCGGCCGCCCAGAACGCCUUGCUCGAUUCGAGUACCGGAAAGGAGGACCAGGUCGCUCGCCAGACUCUGGACUACAUUGAGGAUGAAGUGAACAACGGAUUCCGUUACCUCCGCGAUCUUCUGAAGAAGGUCAAGCAGACCCCCGGCUCCGGAGACAGCCGUGUGCAGACCCAGAUCGACGUCACUAGCCGGAACCUCCGUCGAGAGAUCGAACAGUACCAGAGAUGCCAGUCCGACUUCCAGAAGCGCCUGCGGGAGCAGGUUCGCAGACGUUAUGAGAUCGCCAACCCCGAAGCUUCCCCCGAGGAGAUCGAGCAGGGUGUUGACAAUGUCUUGUUGGGCCAGGAGCAGAGCUUCCAGGUUACUGGUAGCCGGACUAGACAGGCCAACGACGCCAGGCAGGCCGCUUUGGAGCGAUCGGCCGCCAUUCGCAAGAUCGAGCAGGAUAUGAUGGAGCUUGGCCGCCUGUACCAGGAAGUGGCGGAGCUUGUCCACCAGCAGGAGCCUGCUGUGGAGCAGAUCAACCAGGAUGCAGACAAUGUUGCGCAGAACGUUUCGAACGCGAACAACCAGAUCACGGAAGCUAUCGCCAGCGCUCGUCGGGCGAGAAAGUGGAAGUGGUAUGCUCUGCUUGUCGUCAUCCUCAUCAUCGCCAUCGUCGUCGGUGUUGCUGUCGGUGUCACGGAAGCCAACAAGUCCUCGAAAUAG